AUGGCUUCCUCUACCAAGAUUUUCUCCCUUGAGGGGAGGGGCCUGAAGCUGGACACGGCCGAGGACCUCGAGGCUCACAUUACCGAUCUUCGCGCCAUGGACGACAUCGAGGAAGUGCGCAUUCUAGGCAACACCUUGGGCGUCGGCGCAUGCAAGUUGCUCGGCGAAGUCCUUGGGACGAAGAAGACGUUGCGUGUUGCCAACCUCGCCGACAUCUUCACCGGUCGCCUCCUCAACGAGAUCCCCGAAGCGCUUUCCUUCCUCCUUACUUCGAUUCUUAACCUCCCGAACCUAAACACCAUCAACCUCAACGACAACGCCUUCGGUCUGAACACCCAAGCACCCCUGGUCACAUUUCUGGCGGCGCACGUGCCCCUCCAGCACCUUUACCUCAACAACAACGGCCUCGGCCCGCACGCAGGAAUCUUGAUUGCCGAUGCGCUCUCGGAACUACACGGCAAAAAGGAGGAGGCCCGCAAGAAUGGGCAGCAAGUACCCAAUCUCGAGACGGUCAUCUGCGGUCGCAACCGGCUCGAAAAUGGCAGCAUGGCGGCAUGGGCCAAGGCGUUCAAGUUGCACAACAAGAUCAAGGAGAUCAAGAUGGUGCAGAACGGCAUCCGUCAGGAGGGUAUCUCACAUCUUCUGAGCGAGGGCCUGCGCCACACCUCGCAGCUCGAGGUGCUCGAUCUGCAAGACAACACAUUUACCCUCCUAGGUGCCAAGGCGCUGGCGGCAGUCGCGCCUGGUUGGGCUGAGCUGAUCGAGUUGGGCAUUGGCGACUCGCUGCUCGGCGCAAAGGGUGGCGUGCUUCUGGCUCAGUCGCUCGGGAAGGGGAAGAACACAAAGCUCAAGAUUCUGCGGCUGCAGUACAACGAGAUCACUGCGUCAGGCGUCAAGGCGUUGGCCGAGGCUGCCGAGGCGCUGCCAGUUCUCAAGAAGCUAGAGCUCAACGGCAACAAGUUUACCGAGGACGACGAGUCCAUUAUUGCGCUUCAAGACCUCUUCGAGGCGCGCAAGGAGAAGCAGGCCGGUGAUAUCAUCUUCGAGGACGAAUGGGGCCUUGACAGCUUGAGCGAUCUGGAAGAGGAGUCUGAGGGCGAGGAAGAGGAGGAGGAAGAGGAGGAGGAGGCAGACGUUGAGCCUGAAGAGAAGGCUGAGAAGUUUAUCAAGGAGACCAAGGAGGCUUACUCGGAGCCGGUUGCCCAGCAAAAGGACAAGGAGGUCGAUGAGUUGGCGGCGAAGUUGGGCAAGACAGCAAUCUGA